AUGCAAUUUCUGCUUGAGCCGGUGUUUUUAAUGCUCACUCAGUGUGAAAUUCUCUGACUUUAAUUAUCUCUGCCUGGGGGACUCUCUCUCUCUCACUGCAUCAUGAUGACUUUUUUGUUUGGAAACUGUACAGUUGACCUACAUGUUUAGAAACAAAACAUAGUGAUAAUCAUCGGCAUGGUUGAUUGCCAACAAAACAACGCUUAACGUCGACGAAGUGAAGGGUCAGUUAACUGGGGAGCGCGAGAGAGAAACAGCUGUUUGCACGCGCCUCCCGGCAUCUGUCAGGCUGCGGGACAACAGAGCAGGAGGGUUUCCUUCUAUCUCAUACAAACAGCUGUCUUAACAGCCCAACCUGUAAUAUUUGAUGUCGUUACCAGUCCAGUUCGAGGAGGAAAGUAGGCUGGUGUUGGCGUCAGAUGAGGUUGAAGCUGAGAAAUACUCGGGUCUUUCCGUGAAUCCGAUAAGACACGAAGUUCAAACUCGUCCCAUGUGAAAACUGUAACUGCUCUGAAGCUCCACCAUUGGUCCCAACCGUUCAUCCGCCGGGGAAGGGAGGCGGGGGCGAGCUGCUGAAUGACGGCCGUUGCUCUGUUGACACUCACGAGCCGAGACAACCUUUGGGACCCGCACAGGCCUACCUAUUUCACAUUUACACUGUGUCAAGAUAUCAGAUGAAAGCGGAGGAGCGCCUAAGCAUUUCUUUUAUCACCGGGGGAUGCUGGAGACGGUGUGCGCACUGCGUGACAGGAAGAUACGGUGUCGAGGCUGAGAGGAGGUUUUCACAGGUUGAUCCGUAGGCUAUUUGGCACCGAGCAGGGAAGCCAGCAAAAGUAAAUACAUGGUUUUAGUCUUUAUAGGCUGUUCCUAGACACACGAACUUACAUUUAAAGGAGAAAUAGGCGGUGCUUGCUGUUUCCUGGAAAAAUACAGACCUCCGACUAGAAUGACACAUUUAACGUUUGCAGGUUGGGGUUUAUUCGCUGAAGUUGACGCUCAGACUUCGGCUACAAGCUGCGUGUAGGAGGCUUGUCUACCAGGCAGCAUGGGGAUCAACGGGUUAGACAACCAAGCGCAGCCGUCCAGCGGAGAGUCCCGGACGGAGGAGCCAGCUGCAGAUCCUCAGAUGGAGCAAAGAGAUGCUCCGCAAGAAGCAGACAGGAGCACGGAUGAUCAGGCGGCUGGCAGCGAGUGUAAAAUCGUGCAGAAGGACAGCACCGCGCAGCUGAUCGAGGCCGGGUGCAAGCCGCAACUCUCCCCGGCUUCUGAAUCCGAAGCGGGGAUCGAGGUGGAGAAGCACGGCCACGGAGACGGAUUCGUCCCGCCGGAAGGGGGUUACGGCUGGCUGGUGGUAUUUGCGGCCACCUGGUGCAAUGGAUCGAUCUUCGGGAUCCAAAACUCUUUCGGCAUCCUGCAUAUGAUGCUGGUGAAGGAGCAUGCAAACCCUGACGACAAGACGUCUCAGUUCAAAGUGGCCUGGGUCGGGGCCUUGGCCAUGGGCAUGAUCUUCUUCUGUUCACCUGUGGUCAGCAUGUUCACAGACCGCUUCGGCUGUAGGAAGACAGCUGUCAGCGGUGCAGCGCUGGCUUUUAUAGGGCUGCUCAGUACAUCCUUUGCAAACUCCCUGAGCCUUCGCUAUUUCACAUAUGGCAUACUGUUUGGCUGUGGCUCCUCCUUCGCCUUCCAGCCCUCGUUGGUCAUCCUCGGCCACUACUUCCGCCAGCGCCUGGGCCUGGCCAACGGUGUGGUGACGGCCGGUGCCAGCCUCUUUUCCAUGGGCCUGCCAGUUUUCCUCAACAAGGUGGUGGAACCUCUGGGCCUCAGCAGGACCUUCCAGAUCCUCAGCCUCUUCAUGCUGGUCCAGGCCCUGCUGGCGCUAAUGUUCAAACCUUUACUGCCUGCUGGAGGAGGCAUGGGACCCCCAGGCAACCCCCAAACCCAGCCAGGGGCCACUGCUCAGGGGGGGAGCAGGUGGAGCACGGUCAUGGGUGGGGUCAGGAAGUACUUCAACCUGCGUGUGUUUCACAUCGUGACAUACCGGGUGUGGGCAUUUGGAGUAGCCACAGCUGUACUGGGCUACUUCGUGCCAUAUGUCCAUCUGAUCAACUUUGUGAAUGAGCAGUUCAAGGACACCCAGAAGGAGUGGGUGCUCCUGGUUUGCAUAGGAGCUUCAUCUGGGGUGGGACGCCUUGCUUUCGGCAAGAUCGGAGACCUUAUUCCGGGUCUUCAAAAGAUCUACAUGCAGGUGGUGUCCUUCAUGGCUCUGGGCCUGAUGUCCAUGAUGAUUCCUCAGUGCUUGGUGUUCGAGGGGCUGGUGGUUGUGUGCGUGUUCCUGGGGCUGUGUGACGGCUGCUUCCUCACCACGAUGGCUCCCAUAGCGUUCGAGCUGGUUGGACCCAUGCAGGCCUCGCAGGCCAUAGGCUACCUUCUAGGCCUUAUGGCUCUUCCCAUGACAGCCGGUCCACCUAUCGCUGGUCUCCUACAUGAUUACUUUAAGAACUACACGGUGGCCUUCUCCCUGGCUGGGGUUCCUCCUAUGGUGGGGGGCAUGGUGCUGUUCUUUGUGCCCCUGAUACACCGUAGGCUCCAGCAAGACCAGGCGGCAGCGUCACCAGAGGAGACAUCCACAACUGCCCACAUGCUGCCCACCACCCAACCAGCGGGGGAGCCCAAGAGCUGCUCCAAUGGAGACAUCCUGCCUGGAUAUACUGACGUAGAGACACACAUCUGAGUCGCACCGUACAAAGGGAUUCAGCCCACCAGCAGCUUUUCUCAUCCUUAGAUUGCCCUCCUCCCUGUCAACCAUGGACUUCCUGUUGGCUGACCUUUAACCCUCUCACCCUCCUGGACUCUCAAUGGCAGUUUGUUAUUUUCAUGUGGAGAGAAAUCGAAAAGGGCGCUCUGGCUACAAGCCACAGAGAGGAUGAAAAGAAGGAACAUCAGCGUGGGAUGAUGGAUACGCAUGAGGAGGAUAAGCACAACACAGUCUCAACUAGGAAAUGAAGAGAUUUUAACCGACAGUGGUAGUUUCUGAUUUCACAGCAUUUAACUUGCUACCUUAGCUUUUUGAAGCUGCUUUGUUUUUAGACUCCAUAUAAACACAUUGUUAAGACAAGAGGAAUAUAGAAUAAGAAUUAAUUAAGGGAUAAAUUCACACUUUCUAUAUGUAGUACCUCAUGCAUCUAAUCUUUUAACACAAUGCAUUUUAUUUAUUUUGUGUAGCCGAGACACAAUCUCAUCCUGAGUUAUUUGCAGGUUUGCUUUAUUCCAUUCUACUGUUUUCUGCCGCGACAACUAUAAGAGAAACAUACGUAUCUGUUGUAAAUGUCCCAGGAGGUAACAGACAAUUGUCAGCCACCAGACACAAUCACCUCAACUCACCUGCACAUUGUACGACACUGUACUCACACCCAGGGUCCAAAACUUCAGCAACUACUCUACCAGCUUGCCUGCAUGGGAGACUGAUGUGUGACUGUGGAAGCUGUUGAUUCCACCGACUCAUAUGCCAUGAACCCUAGAGUGUUUGAUUUUUUCACGGUUUUGAUGUGACCUUGCAGCUUGUGGCAGGUUAACUUAUGCAGUAGGGGAAUUAAUGAAACACUACAGUUGAUACAAGGUGUUCUCUUGAGUCUGUACAGCUUUAACUUUCAGCGCUUGUUUUUUCCAAUCACCAAACUCUACUGUUUUUAUUGGCCUUUUAAAGAUUUAGCAGGGUGCUAGACAAAUCCGCAUAAACUGUGUUUGACACGGCUUUGAAAAGAUAAUUCACAAUAGUUUUUUGUAGUUUGCACACUGUAUACUCGUUUAGGUGGAAAGAGUUGGAAUCAGUCCUAACGGGAGAUUGACGGCUGUUGGUAGCACAGAUUUUCGUCAUCUUCAGAAAAGGCAUUUUGUGUCAUUUUAUUCUGAACUUUUCCUAUGUGUGUGUGUUUGUGUGUGUGUGUGUGUGUGUGUGUGUGUGUGUAGAGGCAGUUGUGUAAUAUGAAACUACUAUGUUACAAUCUGUUGAUGAGAGGGGACUACUGAGAUUAAAACUGCCAAAUGGCCUGAGCCCUCAUCAGGCCAUCUCACAGAUAAUCCAAUCAAUUUGCUGCUUUAGUUUAGCUUUGUGUCAUGAGAGCGACGCUCACUGUGUUGGCAGUAAUUAAACAAAACGUCACUUCCUCAUUGAGAUAUUUCCUCAAUAGGACAGUUUGCAGUUAUGUUCUGUUUCUUAGACAUUUAGACCACUUAUCUCUGCAGUCUUAGAUUACAAGUUCUCUUGAACAAUGAACUUUAGUGAACAGAUGUGAAGUAGAGCGGCAAUUACUGACUGUUUGAGUUACACUCUGUGGUUAUAUGCAUGACUGAAUAGCAGAGAGGGGAAUUGGUACAAAGUAAGGAAGGAAAUGCUCUGGUGUUCAGGUGGUAUUCCUUUCUGUCAAUCCCCCUCUUUGCUUUCACUGCCAUUAUUCAGUUGGCUUCUGUGUUCCACUUUAGAGCCUAAAAGCUACACAAACCUCACUGCUGAGUGUAGUUUUUGGGGGGUAACGCUAUAGGAGAAACAGUUCUGAAUAGGAAACAUACACCUAUACCUCAGUAAUCAAACAAUCCUCAGCAAUCCAGUUGAACACCUUGACAUUCUUCAUUUCUUUAUGUCACUGUUCUGUGUAGUGGUUUGUUGUUGCAAUCUGAACUGGUUCUCAGAGCCACAAAGCUGCCAAACGCCUGUUUUCAAUCAACUGAUUGCUUCCUCUGAACACCUCAUUAGUGUCUGUUUAGGUACCACAAAAAUGUGGACAUGUCAAACUUCCAUUCCCACAUAAUCUAACAGUUUAGAGAUGUAUCUUUCCUCCUUAUUUUGCCUACAUAUCUAUUUGCUCAUUUGUUUUUGAUCCUCACCAUUCCUGCUCUCUCUCACGUCUACCUACACAUUAUCAUUAGCUUCUCUUUAUCACAUCCUCAUUUCUCUGUCUGUGAUCGAAGAAAUGCAGUGAUAUACUGUAAAUGUCUAUCCUUAACUAAAGAGAAAAGAGACACUAAAUCAUAAGCAGCGGAGCUCCAUACAGUGGUUAAAGCUUGUUUGAAAGCAAAAACAUGGGCCUGUAGUUUGACUAAGGUGGUGUUGCAUUUUCUUGGGAGUGCAAACAGCUGUUGACGCUAUUUGCAGCUGCCGCCAGCAAACACAAAUACCAGCCAUGUCAGCUGACCGGUAUCAUAAAUCAUCAUCACAGUUUAACUUGAUAAUAUUAUUUCAGAUCAAUCAAGUUUGAGUUAAAUUUUACGAUUCAUCAGCCUCCAAAGACAACAAAUCACAUGAACCUGAACAUGAAGCUCCUGCACAGUAAUCUGACUGAGCCUAACUCAGUCUUAAAAAUAAGGAGACAUCUCUUCGUCACUUUCCAAGUGACUCAUUUUACAGUAUUUUGUUUCUAAAGUGCUUUAUUUAACCAAAUCAGUAUCUUCCUGCCUAAUAAAUAAUGGUUAACUGUGAAAUGUAUUUAAUUAAUUUAUUUAAUUUUUUUGUGUUAUGAAGGUUGCAGGAGAUCUGAACAGAACUGCAUGUAAAAUCAGUAACCCGUAGCCCCAAUAGCUGAUUUUCAGUUUGGACAGCAUCCACCCACAAUGCAAAGAUGACGUUUUUACAGAAAUGAAAUAAAGAGGCAACAUUUGUUAAUAAGUUCAUACUUUGCUGGUUUGCACAGCACUGACUUGAAAUUCUGUUACCGUUUCACUGAAAAAACAGUGCAGAGUGUUACUGACAAGUUGCACUAGUUUACUGCUGUCAACUAGAGGCCCAUGUCACUGAAGUCCCACAAUGUGGCAAAUGAAUGAGUGAAUGAAAACUACAACAGAGGGCUUACCUUCUGGCAGCCAUGUUGGAGGACCUCAGCCUUUUGGUUAACAACGGCUUUCUAUGCACAAAACGUAUCCAACGUACAAAAUAUACUAGAAUUGUUUAGCUUUUGUGUUUUUUUUUGACGGUGAACUCAAUGUCAUCACCUUGUUAGCUAGCAGCUUAACAUCACUGUUGUUUUCUAAAACAUAGUUUUGAAGAAGAGACAAAAGUGAGACAUUUGAGUCACAGCAGUAACUUUAAUUUGAAAAUAAAUCUGCCUUACAGUUACCGAACAGCCAGUGGCCCAGCUGUGAUACACCAGAACUAGAUUUGACCAGAGUUGCAAAGUCUGUAUAGUGAAUUAUUCAGAUCUUAGCAUGACUUUUUACUCAUUAUUUUUCUUUUUUUGUUUUCAGUAUAGUCAUUGUCAAUCCUGGAUCUUUCUUAACUUGAUUUCACCCGAGUCAGACUCACCCAGUUUCUGGUCAGAACCUGGCUGCUUGUAACUGACAUGUAUCAACAUAUGUACUUUAUAUACUCUGUAAUGGUUUUUAAUUAACCAUAAACUGUUUUAUUGUGUUUGUUUUUUAUAAUUGAUGUUUAUGUGUUUUUAGUGAUACAUUUCAAUGACUACUGGAAAAAGAACUGUUGAGUUGGUUUAUCUGUUCAGAGUUGAAAUAAUAUAUAAAAGUAAUGGAGCUGAAUCAAUGAAGAAUGACACAGUACAUCUAAAUGGUUACAUGGUGCUUGCUGAACCAGUGUUUGGCUUGCCAAAUUCUUUUCGUCUAUGCAGCAUCACUGGGCUCGUGGUCCACUUCCUCUGACCGGUUCACUUUCUGCAGUCUGAACAAGUCAAACUCUAAACGAUGAAUGUUUACUUGGACUCCAAGUUUGCGUUUGUCUCCUGCAGCUGUAGCCUGCAGCAGUGUCAGAUACAGCUAAACCUACAGUAGAGCCCCCUAUCUGAAAUAUAAACUACUAACACUACUACUGUGAAUGGUUUACUUCAUGUUUCUAAGACUUUUCUUUACAAUUUGAAAGGUUUUGAGCUGUUGCUGUUUUCCCUGACAGUCAAAAUUGUGAGAACUUCUUUGCUUUUCUUUACCUAUUGGUAAUUGCCUGUGGCAUACAGUUUGUAGGUCAGAGCUACAGAGAGGCACAUUCGACAUACCAGGCUGCACAUAAAUAUUAUAUUAACUCUUCUUCUUCUUACAAAUGGCAAGAUGAAGCUAGCAGGCACUAUUUAGUCUCUUGGUAGUUGCAUUCUUCCAAAACCAGUGCAAAGCAGGACAAAUGAACUAAAAUCAACAUCUUUAUACAGCAUGUAUUAUCAGUUACUGUGUCAUAUUUACUUAUUUAAUCAGUUUGUAAUUUUAUUCAACUCUGGCUUCAUUUCAUUUAGCAUUUGCUCAAAUUUGCUGCUGAUAUUGGUUAGUUGCCAGAAAACAGAACCUGGCCUCUCAGUCUAAUCUCAUUAGACAUUUCCUCUGCCAGAAAAAACACCUGACUUGAAGUUAGUCCAAGCUAUUGCAAUGUUGAGCCUUGUUAUUCUACUCUACUCCUGAAACCAUGCAAACAAUAUGUGAAACAGAAUCGCUGAAGGUCUAUGUAUCAUGAAGCUGAGCCGUGAUUUGCAAAAUGUCAACACCUCACAGACUGCCAUGGACCAAAUCCCGCAAGAAUCCUUUUUCAGUGCUGUUGCCAGUACCAAUCAUCAUUUGUAAUCUGUGUGAAGAAAAUGUUUUUAUUGCUUUUAGUCACACCUGAAUAAUGUAUAGACCUUCAUAUGCCCCAUAUGUUGUAGAAACCGUGUAUUAUUCAUGCAUAAUUUUCAUAAUCUUGAGUGUAGGCAUCAUGUUUUCACAGCUAUAAAUACUCCAGCUUUUUCUGGUGAUAUAUAUUCUCAUUUAUGUCUGUAUGGUCUCAAGGCAACACUCGGCCCAGGCCUUCCCACAGCCUUACAUGUUGAAAUAUGAGUAAUAUUUCAGUGCGGGGCUCUGCUAAACUUUCCUUCUCUAACCUCCAGUAAGGUUGCUGCAGUUAAACCUCUAUUGCCUGUCUGCACUUCUUAAAGCUGUCAGCCUCUGUCCUCCCUACACAAGCUAUACCUUUUUAUACAAAUAGUUUAGUCAUUUUACUAAACAAGGCCAGUGAGGCCGCAAGAUCUGAAAUUAAGUCAUGCUGCUAGAAAAAUUCAUGUAAUUUUUUGUUUUUGUCGAAGUAAUUUUGAAUCUGUAUCAAAAGAGGCACAUUUUUUCUAUUAAACCAACAAUAAAGAUGUAAUAUGAAAACAA